AUGGGGGUGGACAGGCGGCAGAGAGCCUCGGCAGCCCUCUCGCUCGGCUUCCUCUCUUUAAUUUUCUCUAUCACAGCCUUCAGCAGCAGCUACUGGUGUGAAGGAACCCAGAAGGUAGCCAAACCGUUCUGCAGCGAACUUGCAGGUGGCACCCACUGCAUUGGGAUGAACAGCCCAGGUGCGAAUGAUAGCAGCCUGGUUCAGUACAUCUGGGAGACGGGAGACGACAAGUUUGUGGAUCGAAAGUUUCAUGCUGGUAUUUGGCAUUCUUGUGAAGAGGUGAUCAGUGGAAAAGGUGAGAAAUGCAGAAGUUUCAUCAGCCUGACACCCCCAGCAGUUCAAGGAGUUCUAUGGUUGUCCGUUGCAGCAGAGAUCCUCUACAUUAUUUUACUCCUGAUGGGCAUCACUCUCAUGUUGAUUGAAAUCUGUCAUUCCAUCAGCGUCCUGGAUGGGCUGAAGCUUAAUGCAUUUGCUGCUAUAUUCACUGUUUUGGCAGGUCUCCUCGGAAUGGUGGCUCACAUGAUGUAUACAACUGUAUUUCAAAUGACAGUAAAUUUCGGUCCAGAGGACUGGAGGCCUCAGAUGUGGGAUUAUGGCUGGUCUUACUGCUUGGCGUGGGUUUCCUUUGCCUGCUGCAUGGCUUCCUCUGUGACCACAAUGAACAGAUACACAAAAACUAUUUUGGAAUUUAAAUAUAAACAGAAAAAACUGGAGAGAGGUCUACGAGCUAAAUCCAAGCCUCCUGUUCCAGAAAAGGCUUGGAAGAUGUAUGUUGACACCCUCCAGAGAACAACCGAGGACUUCAUGCAUCCCUUAACAGACAUUCACAACCCAUCCAGUCCUGUGGGAUUUGUGGAGUUAAAUAAUAUUCCUGUGGCACAUUGUGAAGAAUAUUGCUAA